CUGUGCGUUCUGAUUUACGGAUAGUUGUCGACGACGGACUCACGCUGUCUAUAAAAGACGGCAGAGAUUGCGAAUACAAUGAUCGAUUAAGAAUAAUAUUCGGUCGCGAAACAACGAUAGAACUGUACAGGAACAACUAUUGCUUGACAUCAGUAACAGAACUCAUAAUCGAUACAAGCUCAGGAUAAAACAAAAAUGAACGACUCCCACGCAAACCUUACAUUGGGCCUGAUGAAAAGGCGGCGCGAAGUUACAAAGGGGAUAACACUGGACGGUGAACAUCUUAGCAUCCCGCAAGUGGUAGCAGUGUGCCAGGAUCCCGGCUUGCAAGUGGGGCUUUCAGAAAGCGCGCUCCAGGAGGUCGAGUUGAAUGAAAAAUAUCUUAAAAGGAAGUUAAAUGACGGACUGAUUGUGUAUGGAAUCAACACGGGUUUUGGCGGAAGCGCGGGCGUUAGAUCAUGGAAACUUGAAGAGGUCCAGAUCGGAUUGAUACGUAGCGUGAACGCUGGGAUGGGUCGCGUAUUUCCGGUGCACAUGACCCGAGCCGCUAUGGUGACAAGAGCGAACUGUUUGGUAAAGGGCUAUUCCGGUGUAAGGACGCUAGUUCCGAAAACACUAGUGGAUUUGAUUAACGCGGACAUAACUCCUAGUACACCGAUGCGGGGCUCCGUAAGUGCCAGUGGUGAUCUCAUGCCGCUAAGUUACAUAGCAGCUGCGAUAAUCGGCAGGGAAGAUUUGAAAGUGACCGUUGGUGGGUCAACCAAGGAAUGCCGGGUCGCCCUCGAGGAAGCAGGUAUUAAACCUCUCGCGCUUGGUCCGAAAGAAGGACUAGCAAUAAUAAACGCUGAUUCGUUUGCCGCCGGAGUUUCGGCCCCCGCGGUUUACGAUGCCAACCUGAUGUUGAUGCUGACCCAGGUGUGCACGGGUUUGUCUGUUGAAGCCCUCCGCGGCCGAACAGAAAGUUUCCACCCUGUGAUCCAUAGCUGCCUACCGCAUAUUGGUCAGAAGGAAAUCGCGCAAAACAUGCUCAAGAUUCUCGACCAGAGUAAAAUGGCCAUUACAACAUUAGACAUGCAUCUGCCGGACACAUACGGCGUUUUGAAGCAGGAUCGAUACAGUCUGCGGUGUUCGCCGCAGUGGCUGGGGUCCGUCGCAGAGACGCUUAAAGACGCCUGCAGGAGAAUAACGAUUGAGCUGAACAGCGCAAACGAUAAUCCAAUCAUCGACCAUCGAACGGACACCAUUGUGCACGGAGGAAACUUCCAAGGCGAAACGUUGUCAAUCACAAUGGAUCAGACGAGACAAGUAAUGGGUGUGUGUGGCAAACUCCUGUUUGCUCAGUUUUCUGAAGUCGUCAACGCCAGCCUGAAUUUCGGUUUGCCGCCCAAUCUGAGUGGAUGCGAUAUCAAUGAAGACUGGGGUUUCAAGGGCAGCGACGUUGCUAUGGCGUCCUACAUGUCCGAAUUGGACCACUUUGUCAACCCGAUGAGCAACCACGUGUUGAGCGCGGAGAUGCACAACCAGUCCGUAAAUUCGCUUGCACUGGUAAGUGCCCGCCUAACUACGGAAGCGAUCGAGAUUGUCCAAAUGAUGAUAGCAAAUCUCCUUUGCCUUUCCAUACAGGCGAUUGAUUUGCGUCACCUGAGAAAUCUUGUUUUAAAAGAAAUCGAGAUUUUCACCGAUGAGCACCCGGCUCUGAGUCAGUCCUUCAAGGACAUAGAGUGGUACGAUCUGCUCUUCCAGACUGAGAUAAGAGCAGCGGAAGUUGUCCAGGCCCUUCCUGUGGAAUGCCGUGAUGACGUCAAAGAUCAGCUGAUCACAAAAAUCUCCAACAUUUACACAUCCGCUUGCUCUGGGGCCAUUGACUGUUCCGAACUGAUGGGCAAAGGCACAAGUAAGAUGUACAGCUACGUUCGCAGGGACCUUCGAAUCCCCUUCUACUGUGGCCAACAUGCCCUCGACACUUGGCUCAACAAUAUACUACAAGCCAUACAAAGCAGAAAUAUCGAAACUGUGCUCGAACAGAUAUUCUCUGACGAAUAACUCAAAACAAACACACGCUCGCAAACGGGACUAAAUGCUUAACUUAUUAUUUUUCGUCAUUAGAGUAAAUUCUAUAUUAAUUGAUUGCUUUCUGUGCUUGAAGCCAAAGAAGUUUAGUCAUAUAUGUUGACUUUGAAAUUUGAAUUGCGAUGACCGUGUGCAUACAUUUGAAUAACUUACUUUUUUCGGUGAUAUUCUGUGAAAAUGCAGUUGAUUCAAUAAGUGAACAAAGACAUGCAUUCCCAUUUUAUGGUAUGUGUAUUUUAUGUAAAGUAUACACUUUUAUGUUGAUUAUGCUUACGAGUAAUGUUAUCGUAUUAAAUAAGGUCAUACACUUAUAUUUUAUGGAACGCUAAGCUAAAGUAGCUUUAAUGUUACAGCAAGAGCUCGAUCAAUCUAAUUUACUCAACACAUAAAUAAAAUCUAGUUCUUUGUAGACCUAUGUUUUUAGCAAAUUUGCAUCGGAAGACUAACGGUAAAAGAUGCGCUCGUUAUUCCUCUUCCUGAGUAGAAUGGCUAAUAUUGUGUAUGGGGAUAAUUAAAGAACGCCUCCAUAGUGGUGAUAUAAACCGUAACCUUCGUGUCGCAAGGCGGACACCAUGUCCAAUACGUCAAGGAGACCUCAAUUUUGUAUUCGUUUAAACGAACAUAUACGUCACGUAUAUAGGAAUAGUGUACGCUUGAUUGGUAGUAAAACGGGAACACACAUUUAGAAUUGUGAAAAAACUUUCGUGCUUAUGUAUUGCAACUAGUUUUAAGAUUAAAAAUUUAACAACAAAUAUAAAAAUAAAUAAAAUGUAUAAGUUC